AUGAGCGCCCUGCUGUGCCUGGCGCUCCUGGUCGUAGCGCCGACGAUACAAGCCCAAGCUAUCCAAGACAGUAGAUGCUAUUUGAUGAAUGGUGGUGCCGUUGAGAGCUUCUUCAUCAGCGAGGAUACCCCGAUCGGCAGCGUUAUUGGAACCUUAAGUGUAAACGGUGACCCCAAUGAAGAGUCUGGAAACAUAUCCCUGAAACUUCAAGAACGCGGGGCCGCAGUAGGCAUAGCACCGGGUACUAAGAAUAUCACCCUUCUUCGAGUUCUCGACAGAGAGGAGAAAUUGGGACCAUCCAGUGUAUAUGUAAAUGUUCGCUGCGAUAGGAGGCACACAGCUGACCCAAGCUUUGUAAUUCCGGUAUCAAUACGAGUAUGGGACGUCAACGACAAUGCUCCUGCGUGGCAGAGUGCCCCUUACAGAGCUCGUAUCUCCGAGCUGAGUGCUGUCGGAGCCAGGGUACUAACGGCAGCGGCCCAUGACCCAGACCAGCCCGGUCCACAUGCAACAGUACAUUAUUCUGUGCUCCCCGGACCAGCUGCUGUCUUAGACGCAGAUGAUCAGAAUCCGAAAUUCUCGUAUGAACAUUAUGUGGCUCUGCUACCUGAUGACGCACUAGAUGGUACUGAACUGGAGACCAGCCCAGGGCCAAUAUCAGCUCGAGAUCAAGAUGAAGGCAUCAAUGCACCGUUAGUCUAUUCCAGCUCGGGACCCGGUGCGGAACGUCUUCGCGUCAGUAAGGACACUGGCCGUAUCGCUGCUACGGCUUUGCUAUUUGAUAAUCUACCCCUGACUGUCGUUAUAAAGGCAACUCAAAUAGACAAUCCUGAUCGCUAUGCCCUGGCGACAGUGUCUGUUAGACGGAGGGUAGCCCGAGGUGCCUCCGCUGCAGUAGCAGAAUUACCCGGACCGACUGGGACUAGUGGGACGAGUGCCAUCAGCGGUCCCAGUGGAGAAGGGGCUAUACGUGGUGUAAAGUUCACCCGGAGAGAGUACAGCGCGAAGUUGCCUGAAGAUGCUGCUGUUGGUACACUGGUGCUCACAUUGAGUACUUCACCGCAAACUGAAAGGCCACUACAAUUCUACGUAUCGGACCGGGCGUUCCUUGAAAAGUUUGCCAUUAAUUCAGCAGGCGAGGUGCUGUUGCGCAAAGCACUUGAUUACGAGACAACUGCUAACUACUUCUACCAAGUCAUGGUUACCGACGGACCCACUAAUGAUACUGCGUCACUGAACAUAACAGUGGACAAUGUGAACGAAUGGGAACCGAGAUUUCGCUACCCGCUCUACGAGUUCCGUGCAGACCUGAGCCCGGAAGAGGGGAUCACAGGAGAGGAGGGGAAGCGUGAUGGUAGAGCCGGGGGCUUGGUGAAAGUUGGACAGCUAGACGUGUAUGAUGGAGACACGGAGGAUACAGUGACCCUUACUCUACGUGGUUUACACGCACCGCUUUUCUACUUGAACGCGGCUGGCGAACUGUUCCUACGUGGUGAAGCAGUGCCGGCACUGAAUACCAGCGUUUUACACGUCGUGGCUACUGCUAUCGAUUCGGGGACUCCCCCUAGACAGAGUUCAGUACCAGUAGCUGUUCAUGUCAGUGGAAUAUCGGACGCGCGAGGUUCUACGCGUUCGGCGAGCGUGCUCGCUACGUUCGUGGUGGCGCUCGUUCUUCUCGCGUUAGCUGUGCUCGCUCUCCUAAUCUAUAUAUGUACUGUGCGUCGUCGUAACCCCAAAACUGAGGUGUCAGGUCCGGUUGGGGCAGAGAAGAUAAGUGCUCCGACCUCCAUUCUUCCGUCCAGCUCCCUGCAGAGCGUCUCUGCAGGCGCCAGCACCAUUCUCGACUCCACUUCGAGUCUUGAUAUUCGACAUGAGCCUAUCAAUGCCAAGCAACCGCGUGUUGGAGGCAAGAGUAAAGUGGCACCAGCCCCUCCAGUAUUGCCUGAACUAAAUGCCACCGAAAGAACAGCUGUGUCAGGCCCAGGAAGUCCAUCUCUCAUGAGCGAUCACAUCGCGGGUGCAGCCGGCCGUUCUGGGGUCGCUUGGCCCAGUUCAACAAUACCAGCUAGAGUAAAGAAACUCAGUUGGGACGACAAUCAUCACAGUGAAAACGAGGCUGCAACAGUGACGGAGGCAACUAACCCCGCACUUGCUGAACAUAUGAAUCUUACCGUCUACUUUUAA